GUGCGCCUUUAUAAACAGCCUGUAUUUAAUUAAAAAUAGGCCGUAAACCCACAAACCACUUGCUGAUUUUGUCAAAAUGUCAAAAAAAUGAUUCAUUUAAAUUCUAUUGUGAGAAAUCCCCUUUCCGCCGCCGCCCAUGUUUGCGAGGAUUUCCCAAACACCCGGAAUAAGUUAAUAGAUUGGAAGACAAUACCGUUCACGUCUACCGCUUUUGUUAUUCAUCUUUAUCACGCGUUGCGAUGGUUCACAAUCGUGCCAGUUUUCGGUGAGACGGAGGCAAAUGUUGAUAAAUAAACUUAAAGAUAAGUGAGGGUGAAAGAGAAGAAGAUUUUUGGUUUUCUCAAUCGUCGGAAGCGAAUGUCACCAGUGUCACCAUUCAUCCGUUUCCAGUUAAAAAUGCCCGUGUAAAAGAUGCACAUCGAACGCCUCUUGACCUUUCUUCUUUACUUCGUCACAACGAGGGCCAUGGUCGUGCGACCCCAACUCUACUCCAGUCCAUGUCCCGACACCUUCCAGUAUGAAAUGACCCAAAAUGGGCAACUAUAUGGUACCAUCGGUGUCUAUUCCUUUGACGAAAACGUCGUUAGACUCAACGUCGAACUAUCCGUUGGAAACCGCGUGAAUAGUUACAAUGGCGAAAUCCAGCUCGCCAACCCCAAAGAGCUCAUUUUCGACGACAUCCACCACCAAAGACCCAUCAGAUACAAAGUCUUCUUCCCGAGAUGGGAAAACACACCACCACGAGUGACCAAAAUCAUGGUCAAUGGCCAAGUAGUGUGUUCAGGACCUCCGAUACAAAUGAAUAACUGGGCACGUGUUUUGACCAAAAUCAACCUCGAACACACCCUAACCAUCAAAGUAUCACCUCUUAGAUCCCAAAGCGGCCCAUUUGUACCAUCACGAAACAACCCUUUCCUUUCCGGACGCGAAACGGAAAAAGCAAACCCAUUCUUGGACACCAAAAUUAACACAAAACCGGUCCGGAACCAAUUUCUAGACGAUUUUCCGGUCACGGUUAGAACAACCACGGAGAAAAUUAACCGGAGUUCAGGGCCCUCCAACGAGAUCUUGUUCGUAGGGAACCCAUUCCUCAAUGGUAAAACAACAUUGGCGCCGUCACACAAAACCCCAUCACGUGACUCUUCGCCGGCCGAUGACACGUGCGGAGUGUCAAUAGUGGCGAACCCAUUGGUGAUCAAUGGUAACACAGUACCACGUGGUGCCUUUCCAUGGCUUACUGCAAUUUUUGCGGUUACCACAACCGGUCUUGAAUACAAAUGUAGCGGUUCGUUGGUAUCUCAAAGACAUGUGGUGACUGCUGCCCAUUGUGUCCAAGAAGGUCGCAAAAGAGCCCAACCUGACCGUUUCCUCUUUGUUCUUGGGAAACUCAAUAUCAAAAAAUGGUCACUCGCCGAGGGUGAGAAAAUGGUAGAGGCCGAAGACAUCCAAAUACACCCCGACUAUGUCCCUUUGACCUCCGAUGCCGACAUUGCUGUUGUAAUCCUAGCCGAGAAAAUCGAGUUUAGUAAAUAUAUUCGUCCCAUAUGUCUCUGGUCCGAACCAGACGAUAUUGACGUCAUUGUGGGUCAAAAGGGCAAAGUCGUGGGUUGGGGGCGCGACGAACAGGAUAAUUUAAUGACAGCUGAGCCCAAACAAGCCAAUAUUCCGAUUGUGAGUCAAGAGGAGUGUCUCAGGUCGUCGGAAGCCUUCAAGUAUAUCACUUCAGAAAGGACCUUUUGUGCUGGGGAGAGGAACGAGAGUGGCCCUUGCAAUGGCGACAGCGGGAGCGGUUUUAUAAUGAAGAGGAAUGGCAAAUGGUCAUUGAGAGGCGUAGUGUCAAUUUCGACUUACGACCCCAUUAAACAGAGUUGCGAUUUGACGAAUUAUGUUGUUUUCACAGAUGUUAGUAAAUUUAGAUCGUGGCUUUUGGCCAUCGUUGUUAUUUAAUAAAUGUAUUUAUGUUUU